AUUGGGACAGAUAUUCUGAAUAAAGGAGAGCAGUUUCAAGAAGCUUUACUCAAAGAACGUAUUGCAAAAGCAGAAGCUGCCGUAUGGGCUAAGGCAGAUGAACGCCAAAGAGAAGCAGUGAAGAAAGCCCUUGAAGAAGCAAAUGACAUGCACAAAAUGAAAAUCCAGAUUCUGAAAGAGGAACAUCAAAAAGAUUUACAGGAAAUGGUAUCUAAGACCAAGAUGGAGUUGCAUCAAAACAUGGAGCAAGAACUGCAGCGAGAACGCCUGGCUGCCGAGCAACACAUGGUCCGCAGGAUCCAGAGGAUCAUGAUGGAGUGCCACCAGGAGAAAAUCAAGGCUGUGGAGGAAGCCCGGGCCCAGGAGAGGCACAUAGCCCAGGAGGAGAUCCAGGCCCAGAGAAGAAAGGCCAUGGAGGAACUUUUGAGAGCUGGUGUCACAGUUAUGAAGGAUCAAGAGAACAGUGUGAGCCAACUGAUAAAGGAAAAAGAACAUAAAAUGAGCGUCUACUAUUUCAUGGCUCAGAAACAGAAGCAAGAAGAAGUUCAGAAAGUGCUUCAAGAAGCGGAGAAAACACAUCAGGCCACGCUUAGAAAUGUGAUGGACAAACUGCUUAACACUCAGCGGGAGCUGCUGUCUAUGGCGAAGCAACUGGAAAUCAUGACAAAUUGGAAAGAUUUCCUGGAGGAGGAGUUACAGGAAACCAGGGUAGCGUUUCAAAAAUACAUCAAUUAUACGUUUCCGCAGCUCUCACCGGGACAUGCAGAUUUUAUUCUGCCAGAAAGAAAGAAAAUGCCUUCCGGUCUUAUUACUCUGGAGAGCCAAGCAACUCUUGAUUAGAAGUCUUCAUCUGAAAUGGCACUACAAAAGACAUUGUUCUAAAGACUAAAUAAAUCCACUCAAAAACCAUUUAUUGAUCCCCGGUUAUGUGCAGCGGACUAGUGAGCUGUGAGCAUUUUGAUGGAAAACCAAAAUAUGCAAAAGCACAUUCCAGGCUACGAUGAGGUUCCAAGUCUGAUGGAGGAGAGAUAACAGUGAGAGGGGUCAAAACUGACUAGGAGGGAAAAAGAUUUCUUGGAAGAAGUCUAAACAUACUUCUGUAUCUGGCUUUACUCACGUUUACAUCAGACAUUUAACUAUUUUAGUAUUUGUUGCAGUUAAAAAACAGU